GGUGUGUAAGUGUGUGUGUGUGUGUGUGUGUGUGUGUGUAUGUGUGAAUACAAUAUACCCUUUGCCUCCUCAAAAGAAAACCACUUGCAACACACUCAUAAAAGUGGAUACAAAUCGCAGAGAGUGAGUGAAAGUGGCUCAUUAGAAAUGGUUUUCCCAACACACGCACAAACACACCACACACAGGUGAAUCGACGAUGAAUGCAAAGUGUGAAUUUGCAGCAUGCGAAGAAAACGGAAAAGCCAGUGAUGAAACAUCUAUGAAAAAUUGUGGGUAGAGUCGCUUAAGCAAACUGCCCGGGCAACCACACAAUGUUUAAAUCGUGUUGUGCUUACACAAAAUUGUUAGCAAUAAUACCAAUAAUAUUACCGAUAAUAAUGAGACACUAGCCGAGGCAACUCCUUUCAACUCAAAUUGUGAAUAUAUCAAAACACCUAAAGCAAUAAUUCAACACUCGCACGUAAAGAACUCCAAGGACACGAAUUGAGCAGAGAUGCCCUUUGGAAGGAAGUCUCCGUUGGAGGCGCUCGCCUUGCCCGGUGUAAUGCUCGCCUACAAAUACAGCCAGUUCCGGCAGCGAAGACGCGAGGCGGCCAGUCGACGAGUCACCGAACGCGAACUCUCCGCCCUCCAUCACAAAAUCGACAAACUGCUGAGCAAACUUGAGGAGGAGAGUGAACCGGAUCCGCCCACCUCGCAGGAGGAUGAGUGCGUGAUCUGCAUCAAUGCGCGAGCAACGAUGCAAACCUCUCCAUGUGGCCAUCGUGUCGUCUGUCGCCGCUGCUUUGUGAAGACCAUCCAGAGUGCGGUUGCCCAGCGUCUGCUGCCACUACGCUGUGUGAUCUGUCGGGCGCGGGUGAAUCGGCUGACAUCCUCGUCGGGCAGCUGGCGCAUCCAGGAGUCGGCGAGCAGCUAUUCGAUGGGUGCCAAAAGCUGGUCGAGCGCUGGGGUACACGCUGGCGGAGUCAUUGCCUCCGCCAGCUCCUAUUCGAUGAAUGACGCGCACAGUGAGCAGCAUCAUGCCUUCCAUCAGGCGACGUUGCGCCGUGCGGCGUCAUCACGUGGCGCCCAUGGACGCUGCGUUUCGCAUUCGGACAGCCUCUAUUCGAUGAGCUCGUCGACGGGGUCGGUGGGCUCAACGCUAUCGGGCUACUCGCACUAUUCCAAGACGUCUUCCAUAUCGAGUAACGGUCCCUGCUCGCCAGGUGUCAAUCAUCAUCAUUUGGCGCCACCCUCACCCAACACUCAUCACAAUCAUCAUCAUCAUCAACAUCAGCAGCAUCAUCCACAGCAUCAUCAGUUGAUCUCGCCAUCAGGCUCCUCCUCCUGCUCGUCGGCUAGCGUUGGUUCGCUGUCGCCACGGGACACUGGCAUUCAUCAUUCCCAUCAUGGCGGUUGUCCCAGCGGCUGCUCGGGCGCUGUGCCCCGCAAGCCGCUAAGCACGCUCAGCAAUUCCGCGUCCUCAUCCAGCAGCAGCAGUGGCAGCGGUUGUGGCAGUGGUGCCAUGACACCCACUCCAACGCACACGUAUCCUGGUCGGCGGCAUGUGAAGAGCCGCAUGCUGGAUCUCCAGAAUCGACUGCCACCCAUCAAGGAGUUUCGCAGUCCAGCCAAAGUGCCACAUCCCUCGCCGGUACAUGUCAGCAAUCCGCGUUUUCGCUAUGCCUCAUACACGAAAUCAAGCAGCCAUGAGCUGGCACCACUGCUGCGUGAAUCGAUAUCGCCGCCACCGCCACGGCGUCUCAGUCCGAUGAAUAUACAGUUGAGCUGCACGGCUGGAGCGCCGCUGGCACCGCCGCCUCUUAAGGCGGGCGGUGCCAAGAUUUGUCCGGUGAACUCGAAAAACUCGCUGCCCAAGAAUGCCUAUGUGAUGCCCAAGGAAAAGAAGACAUCAAAUGCUGCCGCCGGAGCUGGGCUGCCAGCCGGCAAGGUGGGGCAAAGUGGACGUGGCACCACCUCCAAGGUCACAACGACUGUGGGCAACUCCUCCACAUCCCCAUCCUCGUCGACGGCAGGCGUUGGGGGUGUGGGCAACUGUAGGUCACACUCUUCAAGCGCUUCCAGUCGAACUUUUCCUCUAUUCUCUAACAACAUCAAGAACAACAACAACAAUAGCAGCAACAUCAGCAGCAGCUAUCACAAGGAGAAAGCCGACAACAAGAAGAACGAAUCCAUGGAGCGCAAGAAGAAGGAGGAGAAACUCAAGAUGAAGGCUGAAAAGGAAGCCAGAAAGGAGGAGAAAAGAAUCGCCAAGGAGGAGGAGCGAUUGGCCAAGCUGCAUGCCAAGGAGGAGAAGAAGCGGGGAAAGAAGGAGGCCAAGGAACUAUUAUUGACCAACGAUGGCAACAAUAAGAAAUAAACUGAAUUAACCUGCAGAGUUAACAUUGAAAAUUAUGCAAGCGAUAACUGGCAUCUGUAUUAUAUCAGACAUAAUAUAGACUUGAUACACACACAUAAAUCACACAUUCACCCCACAUAAAACGAGCUUGAUUGUAUUUAUAGGAUAUUUAUUUAAUUUAGUCGUAUUUAUUAAAAAUAUCUUCAUUUUUUAUCGAACACCAGUAAACAAAAAAAAAAAAAAA